AUCUGUUUAGAGCGGACAAGACGGAUUUCGGCUGGAAUAUAUGCCUGAAACACUGGGAAUUAGGUAUUCAUCUGUCCUUUAAACGUCCCCGUCACCGGCCAGUGGACAUUUAAUAGAAUACUACCCUAAUCGCGGAAAAACAUUUCCGACCCGUCCUCGAAAACGACCCCAAAAUGGCAGAAAAUGCAGAACAAAACGAGGCAAAACAUGACAGCUCAUCAUCUCCUGGAAUGACUGACCAUGAGAAAGAAAUGGCAGCCAGCGCACAUGAGGCAUUUUCGGCAGGGAAGUAUGACGAGUCUCUCAAACAACUUGAUGCCCUGCAGGAGCUCAACAAAGAGGACUACAAGAUCGCCCUGAAUAAAGCUGUUGUAGAAUUUUAUAAAAGUGGUCAGUCGACCACAGGGACACUGAAGCAGACCCUAGUCACAAUGAAGAACCAGGUUCACACGUCAGCAGAAGAUGUCGAUGGGUUGGACGAUGUUGAAAACAGUUUGCUGUACUAUAAUCAAGCCAUCAUCCACUACCAUAUGCGACAGUACUCUGAAGCCAUCUUAAUAGGAGAGAGGUUGUACCAGUUUCUGGAACCAUUUGAAGAGAAGUUUGCUCAGGCUGUGUGCUUCCUGCUGGUGGAUCUGUACCUGCUCACCUUCCAGCCAGAGAAGGCCCUCCACCUUUUGGCUGUGCUGGAUAAACUCUCUGUGCAAGGCAGCAACAAGAACGGCAAAGGAGAGGUACUCCAAUGCGCUACUGCAUCAUUAAAAAAAAACAACAGUUCAAACAAAGAAGGAGCCAACCAGAAAGCAGAGUUUGCAGCCAUGAUUGAGGCUGCCAAAUCAAAGAUGCACCAGUACAAAGUGAGAGCCUACAUUCAGAUGAAAUCUUCCAAGGCCUGUAAAAGGGAGAUCAAAUCCGUGAUGAACACAGCAGGGAAUUCUUCACCCUCUCUCUUCCUCAAGAGUAAUUUUGAGUACCUCAGAGGAAACUACCGGAAAGCAGUGAAGCUAUUGAACAGCUCCAACAUUGCAGAGCAUCCUGGUCCCAUUAAGACAGGUGAAUGCGUUCGAUGUAUGUUCUGGAACAAUCUGGGCUGCAUUCACUUUGCCAUGGGGAAACAUAACCUCGGCAUUUUCUACUUCAAGAAGGCGCUGCAAGAGAACGACCACACCUGUGCACAGCUGGGAGACGGCAACAACGGCCAAUCUAAGAAGUUCACAGGCAUCCCCAUGUGUGCUCUACUAGCCAACAAGCGCUAUGAGCUGCUCUAUAACUGUGGUAUUCAGCUGCUGCACAUCGGCAGGCCACUAGCAGCAUUUGAGUGUCUGAUGGAGGCGGUGCAGGUUUACCAUUCCAACCCUCGGUUGUGGUUACGGCUCGCAGAGUGCUGCAUCGCAGCCAACAAAGGGGGCUCGGAGCAGGAGAGCAAAGGUUUACCUUGUAAAAAGGGUAUAGUUCAGUCUAUUGUUGGACAGGGCUACCAUCGCAAGAUUGUCCUGGCAUCCCAGUCUACCCAAAAUACCAUCUACAGUGAGGGCCAGUCAGCAGCGAUACCAGUUGCCAGUAUGGAGUUUGCAGCCAUCUGCUUGAGGAACGCUCUGCUGCUGCUGCCUGAACUUCAACAGCAGGACACCAAGACAGAGAACGGCUCCAAGAGCUUAAGUCAGUCAGGAAGCACAGAGAGCGGCAGCGAGAACAGUGAUGCCUGCAGUGGGAAAGGUCAGGAGGCCGAUAAGUUCCUAUCUGCAGCUCCAUCAUCUCCUCUCAGAAAACAGGAAGUUGAAAAUCUCAGGUGCUCCAUCCUGGCAUGCAGUGCGUAUGUGGCAUUGGCACUGGGCGACAAUCUGAUGGCUCUAAAUCAUGCUGAGAAACUGCUGCGUCAAACCAAGGUGUCUGGAUCGCUCAAGUUCCUGGGUCACCUCUAUGCUGCUGAAGCCCUCAUCUCAUUGGACAGGAUCUCUGAGGCCAUUGCUCAUCUCAACCCAGAGAAUGUCAGUGACGUGUCGAUGGGAGUGCUGAGCAGCGAACAAGACCAAGGGUCUGAGAAAGGAGAUGAGCCUGUCGAGUCCUCAGGGAAGCAGACACCACUGUGUUACCCAAGCAGUGUGACAUCAGCUCGGGCCAUGAUGCUCUUCAACCUGGGCAGCGCCUACUGCCUGAGGAGCGAGUAUGACAAGGCCCGCAAGUGCCUGCAUCAGGCAGCAUCUAUGGUGAACACCAAGGAGAUUCCACCCGAAGCGAUCCUGCUGGGAGUCUACUUAGAGCUACAGAACGGAAACACCCAGCUGGCUCUGCAGAUCAUCAAACGGAACCAGCUGCUGCCCACAGCAGUCCAGAGGGUGUCGCCAGACUCCCGCAAGAAACAGGUCCAGCCCUUCCAACUGCCCUCAUCCUUCACACAAGUGCAGCGCAAAUGAGCCUCCUCCGCUUCCUCUGACCCCCAUGAACUGCAUACACACACUAACACAUCACACAACCCUAUUUAUGAAGCUGGUUCCCCUCAGCAUCAGGAGCCGAAUGAAAUGGAGACUUGGCUCUGGCUGAUGAGUGAAGAGUUCUGCUCCAUGAACUGAGACCGGCUCACAUUUUAUUUCCAUUUGACUAAGGAACCAGUGUGUUGUCUGAGCAAAUUAAAAUAAAUUUUAUUUACUGUUA